GGGGUCCUUAGGGACUAGUAAAGCGCUAUACAAAUACAGGCCAUUUACCAUUUCUUCUGUUCACCCCCAAACAGUGUUUCAUGGUUGUGAGUUGUUGUGUUUGGGUUGAAGUCACUUCCUGUUUUGUUUACUGUUGUACUUCCUGGCUCGGUUUCCCUCCUGUGGAACGCUGUGCCAGCCCCUCAUCACUCUCACCUGUGUGUAGUCACCUGUUCCCCUUCAGUGCAGGUGUGCUGCUCCUGUUUGAGUUCACAGAGGAAGCUGAGGAACCAUCCUGACCUCAGUAACUUCUGACCGGGGUGUAGUUGAUUUGAGAUCACAGAAAAUCCUGGUUGUCAUAGUUACAGGUAAUCCUCAUGGGCCUGGACUCUGCUGGAAAGUCGACCCUGCUGGCCAAGCUCCUGACCGGACAGGUGAUGGAGACAUCUCCGACUAUCGGCUUCAAUGUGGGAACACUGAACCUGGACAAGAAGACGUCUCUGACGGUAUGGGAUGUGGGAGGACAGAAACACAUGAGGCCCAACUGGAGGCUGUACCUGGACGACUGUGAGGCGCUGAUCUUCGUGGUGGACAGUAGCGAUCAGGGCCGGAUGGCGGAGGCGAAGGCGGCUCUGAAGAAGAUUCUGAGCGAAGAGAAGCUGCGAGGAGUUCCUGUCAUGGUUCUGGCCAACAAGAAGGAUCUGCCCAACUCCAUGACCAUCCGCGAGGUGUCCACCUCACUAGACCUCCCCAGCUACACAGACAGACUAUGGGAGAUUCAGGCCUGCAGCGCCUUGAAGGGACUGGGCCUCCAGCAGGCCUUCACCUCCGUCAACAAGAUGAUCAAAAGGAGCUGAGGGAGGGGGGGAGGAGGUGAAGGGAG